AUGGACGGCGCCAAUUACGCCAGUGACCUCAGUACCCCCGCGGAGCGUCUAGAGCCAUCGCACACGCAUAAUGAGAUACUGGUUGAUGCGAGCGCCAUAGCUUGCAGCCCCCGACCUUGGUCGCGCCAACCUCGAACGCGGAUGAUCAGGGGCUGUGCCCGCCACGUCCUAGUCUUAGUCAAUCUCAAGGAUAGCACAAAUGUUGCCAAUGCCAAAAAGGUUCUCAGUUGGCUCUACAGUACCAGUGCGCCAACCGAUACGACAGUAUACAUUCCCGAAGGGCUCUUGCAAUGCGAGUCAUUUGGCGAUCAUCACGGCUGGGUCCCUGAUCAAGUCCACAUCCCAUCCAUCAAAAGCGAUAGCUCGAUACACGUGGACUGGCCGCACCCAAUCGACCUGGUGGUUGUGCUCGGGGGUGAUGGCUCGCUUCUUGCAGCCGCACAACUGUUUUCUGGGGAGGUGCCGCCGAUUCUGACCUUUCGGCUAGGCUCCCUCAACUACAUGGCAAACUUCGAUUUUGGGGACAUGGCAACAGUUCUCAAAUGGGCUAUGGGCGAUCAAGACUGA